AUGGAGCGAUAUACAUGGCUUGAAUUUUGUGUAAAACCUUCCCUCAUCAAGGAAUACAUGAAAGCUCUAGAUCUACCGAAUCAAAGAGCGCUCUUCCAAACCUAUCUAGAUCAUUUGCAAUCUGUGUGUUUAGAGGAUUCAAAAUUUUAAGGAAAGAAAUUCAAAAGACUCUUAUAAGUAGUAUACCAAAUUAAUGAAAUGUAUACACCUAUUCUAAGCGAUUUCUCUAAAAAGAAUCUACAAUUCGAACUUGUCUAACACUAUUUCAAAGGAGUCCAAUAAUCUGAAUACUAUAAAUUGUUAUUUUCAGCAUACACUCUUGAAUACUUAACAGAGUACAUUUUACAUAAAGAAAUAACCCCAGAAAGAUUGAAUUCUAUGAUUAAUCUCUAAGAGUUAGAAUAGACUUUGUCUAAUUCCAUUGAACCUAUUGCGAUUCUCAAUGCUUAGAGAUUAAUUGAAUUCUACAUGCUCCAAGAAGAGCAUAACAUUGAACAUCUAUUUUAUAUUCACGAUAAACUUCAAAAGACUUUAACUGAAUUCCCAGUUGGCUAUUCUAGUGAAAAAAUUGAAGACUAUAGAUAUAUUAUUUUAUAAAGUAAAGAUGAAUUGUCACCUGUCACUGAUUCUGAUGAAUCACAAGAAUAAUAGAUUGUCUAAAGACAAAAUAAGACAGUAACGAGAUCCUUUAUUGAGAAGGAAAUUUUGGAUGGACCCAGUAGUACCAGAAUAAUCGUUAUUUAUCUCCAAAAUGGUAUCUCUACAAAUAAUAGAGAACUGCUAUUGUAAUUGCAAAGAAUAGUCAAUGGAGCUGAUCCCUUAGUUGAUAAAUUGAUCAGUAUUUUCCUGAAAAAUUCUCAAAUUUCAGAUAUAGAUCUAUUGAUUAGAUAAUUGGAAGUCUCUGCAAUCUCUGAAAUCAAUAUCAUAAGCAUUAUCGCUUAAUUGAUUUGCAAAUUUGCAAAUGGAAAUAAGGAUGCUACUAAAGUUCUUAUAAAUCUGAUUAAUAAAUUUUAUAAGACCUUACAAGAUUAAACAAGAACUGUAAUAGAUUAAGUAAAAAGCAUAUAAGAAUUUGUCGAUAUCAUAUAAAAAUCACCUAUUUCAAUGCCUUUUAAGAUAGAUUAAUAUAAUCAAAACGUAUAAUUAGCUUUGUCUUUAAUAUUAAGUCACUCUGAUAUCAAAUUGUUUCUUGAUUAAAUAUAGGAGUUAUUUACAAAUUGUUUGGACAAUCUAACUUUCUUCAUUGAAAACUGUUUAUCCAAAUUCAUUUUAGAGUAAAUCUAGGCUUUAAUUCUAAAAUCUAUAACAGAAUAUAACCCACUUGAUUUUAAUAAUUAUUAUUCCUUAAUGCCUAUAUUAAAUUAAGAUUUUCCACCUUUUGAAAUCAAACUCCCUCAUGAUGUUAAAGUGAAAUUAUUGAUAAAAUCCUUUAAAAGAGAGAAAAUUGUCACUAUUCAAUAGUUUGAUUAAAGUUUAUUAGAAGAUAAAUUGUAAUUUAAAUACUCCAAAUUAUACAAAAAACAAUCGCUAUUUCAUUAUAAAAAUUAAUAGUAUAAUAAAUCUAUCAGACAAAUUGUAAAAUACUUUGAAGCAUAUCUAUAUAUACCCUAAUUUGAAGUACAUUAAUACAUAGCUGAAAUUCGAGUUUUGGAGUGUCUUUUUUAAAAUUUUAAAUCUAUCGGAGCAUCUACCCAUUCUUUGAUUGCCAGUCAAUUUAUUUGUUAUACUUUGGAGAAUUAAAUAUUUGAAAAUUUGGAUAUAUCUGAAGAAUUGGCUUAAUUCUUCUUUGAUGGAAGAAUGAUCGAAAAGAUUUGUGCUGCCAAUCGCCAUAAUUAGCAAUUGCUCAAAUUAAUGGUAUAAAGAUUAUAAGAUCCGGAUUGUUAUGUUUUUAAGACGAAUAAUUUAUUAUUAUAAACCCAAGAGAAAUACUUAUCCAUGUUUAUAAAUUAUUUAAGUGAAAAAAUGGUGAUAUGA